UCCGGUUCGGCAUAAACACAUUGCCCUGCUCUCUUAAGUUUAAAUCAUGUCUAAGGUAACUUUUAAAAUUACUCUGACGUCGGAUCCUCGGUUACCCUACAAAGUUUUAAGUGUACCUGAAAGCACGCCGUUCACAGCUGUGUUGAAGUUUGCAGCAGAAGAGUUUAAAGUGCCUGCCGCUACCAGUGCCAUUAUUACAAAUGAUGGCAUCGGAAUCAAUCCAGCACAAACAGCAGGAAAUGUUUUCCUCAAACAUGGAUCGGAGCUUCGAAUCAUUCCUCGAGAUCGAGUUGGAUCUGGUAGAUGUUCGAGUGUCUGAGCGAUUAGGGAUUAUUCUUCAUCUUGGAUGACAAACAUACUUGUGUAUUUAUUAUCCAGCCCUGAGGUGUUAAAAUUAGCUCCUUUUAGCAGGAGCAGCAAAGACCCAUCUCAGUCAUCCAGCCAUCUGGAAUAACACCCCACCACCACAACUGCCCCUUCCGUGAUUCAUGCUUAUUGGACAGAAGACUUCCAGUAAAUGUUCAGCUUGUUCAUUAACUCAGAUAACCACAAGUCAUUCGUUCUACUUAGUAGCUAAAGCAUUGGCUUUGGCACAUUAUUCACUUAAUUUUAUACUACAUUCUGUAUGUGAGCUGUAUUUCUGACUUGAUGUCUGCUUUGAGUCAGUAGCUUUAUGUCUGAGGUUUGUAACAUUGGUCAGAUUACAUCAAAAUUGUUAUUUUUGUUUUAUUAUUUUUCAGAGCUCCUGGUAAAUGGUCCACUUGUUCUCAAAUCUACAUGAAAUGUUGGCUGUAAUAAAAUUGUAGCACUCUUGCAGAAACAUUCUCUGCUCAAAUUAACAGGUUUUAAGAGAGGAAUAAAAAUAUUAUAAAUGGUUUAA